AUGAGAAUAGCAUUUCUUCUACUGUGUCUGGCCCUAUUGGGCUCCAAUGCCGUAGUCAAUGGUUUCUUUUUUAAGACCAAGCUAUGUGCCAUGGGUAAGACACAAUUCUGUCCACCGGCACCGCCUGUUGCACCGACCACCACAACAACUGCAACAACACCCACCACCGCAACUACACCAACAACUCCAACAACCACUGGCACCGGCACUGGUACUGGCACUGCACCCACCAAUACGGCUACUACCACUUCAACGGGAGCUGGAACUUCACCCACCGGUACUGGAACUGCUCCUACAGGCAGUGGAACAGCACCCACUGGUUCUAGCACUUCCCCAACGGGUGGUGCAACACCACCAGGAACUUCACCAACUGGUGGAGCAACGCCCCCAGCCACAGCACCAACAGGAUCUGCACCUGCACCAACAGGAUCUUCACCUGCACCAACAGCUUCAGCUCCAGCACCUUCGCCAACAGGAUCUGCGCCUGCGCCAACUGGUGGAGCAACUCCCCCAGCCACAGCGCCAGCACCAACAGCAACUCCCCCAGCCACAGCACCUGCACCUCGUGCCUUGGCUUUGGAUGAAAUCGAUGAGAAUGCCAUUGAAAAUGCCGCUAUCGAUGAUGAAGUUGUCGAUGAACGUGCUCGCCGUCAUCGUCGCAUGCGUCGCACUCGUCGUCGUAAUCGUCGCAACAAGGCUCGUCGUAAUCGUAGAAUUCGUCGCAAUCGCAGACUUCGUCGCCUGCGUAAAAAUCGUGCCGUUAGACGUCGUCGCAUCACCCGUCGCAGACGUAAGAACAGGAGUGGUUAA